ACUGCUGUUUUCACAUGUUACAAAAAGACAACUGAAAAUUCAUGUUAUUCCUGUGAUAUUGCCAUUCAUUCCUUGGGUUUAGUAGUAAGAUGAAAAUGACCCCUCAAAUAGUUUUUGGAGUUCAAAUAAUCCUGUUUCUAUGCACACAUUAUUCUUCAGCUCUCUAUGAAGACCAAGUCGGAAAGUUCGAUUGGAAGAGAUCCUUCAUAGGAAAAGUGAAACAUGCUCAAAUAGAAAACAAGAAAAUCAUUUCAGUGACUCAUGAGAAUGUGUUAGCAAGCAUAAACCUAAAGGAUGGUAAAUUGUCAUGGAGGCAACUAUUGGAAGAUCCUACUGAGUAUGAAAUCAAACUAUUGCAUAUAGACAGGGACAUAUACACAAUUUCAAGUUCUCUUGAUAACUGGAUUCUUCGAAGUUGGGACAUUAGUACUGGAUCACUGUUGACUGAAAAAAAUGUAAUCAUUGAGAAAACACAUUCUUCUGAGUAUUCUGUUACCAAUGGUAUCCUCCACCAUGUGGUGCCUUUUGCAGAAUCUCAUCUAGAAGUUACAUCCUACUAUUUAUUGACUGGAGAUUCAACUGGACCAACAAAUAAAAUAUCAGCACCAUGGAUAGCUGAUGUGUCAGACUGUCUUUUAACAAAAACAUAUUAUGUAUGUAUCUCCCGAGGUAUCUCCACUUAUGAUUAUUACUCAGGGCAGAUAUAUUAUAGGGAUAUUAUCUCCAGAAAUGGCUUUGUGAUGAUUAAACCUAUUCAUACUUUGUUGGGAGAGGGUUUGGGAACAGUUGAAAUGAGGACAUUCAAUGCUGAUGUACCUGGAUUUCUGUUAGUGUUAAACAAUGUAGCUAAAUUAGUCUUGAUUGAAAAAGAUAUACUUGUUGCAAAAUCAAUGGAUAAUAUACAAAGUGCAGUAGGAAUUAAAAAUGAAGACAAGUUAGUGCUGUACAAGCUGGAAGCUAGUGAUAAUCCAGAUAAGUUGAUAAGAGUGGUGGGCAUGGAUUACCUGUCAGGAAGCAAUUUGAGGUCAGUUGAUAUUGAUUAUCCAAUUGGAUUGGGCACACCAAGAAUAAUGGCAAUCAGUAUAAAAGGAUCUAUAACAGAUUUGCUGCUCACUACUACUGAUGAUGCAGUUCUCUUUGUUAGAUUACCAGAAGGGAAAAUCCUCUGGACUAGAGAAGAAGCUCUGAGUGCCAUUGUUGCUACAGAAUUUGUUGAAUUACCAGUAUCAGAGUUGGAUGCAUCAAUUGAAAAUGAAUUCAAAACCAGCUCAAGUGAUAUUGUCAGCAUGUUCACACAUAGACUAACUUCUCAAGCUAAGCAAUUAUCGAAUUUCAUUCUUGGCAGCCAAUUAUUGUCAAACAGUGGUCUAGUUAGAGAUGAGUUUGGCUUACACAAACUCAUAGUAGCUGCUACAAGAGCUGGAAAAGUGUUUGCCCUUGAUACACUGACUGGUUCAAUAGCUUGGAGCUACAGAAUGCCCAAUGUGAAACCUAUCAAGAUGUUAGGAGAGGAAAAAAUGAUUCUUUUCAUGCAGAGAUCUGCACGGUAUCUACCCCUUCCAGCACAAUGCUUGCUUUUAGCUGAAGACUCAAAUUCAGGUAACACUGUUUUGUUUCAGUUUGAUCCCAUAACUGGGUAUUCUCAAAAAGGGGUGGAAAGAUUGAAUUACAAAAUAGCACAAGCCAUGUUACUGCCUCAUGAAGAUGAGACCAAUACAAAAGCAGUAUUAGUAUUAUCAUCCACCAAUCAAGUUUAUAUUUACCCAAGUUCCUCAGAACCCCUAGUCAAAAAAAGCAUCUCCAAAACUUACCUUUACCUAGUCAACACACAAAGUAGCACUCUAAGAGGUUUCAAUUUCCAUCACACUGACCCCGAUUUUUCCCUGACUCCCGCUUGGGACGUCAACCUCAAAGGCUCAAAGAUAGUGGCUCUGAGCACCAGACACCCCAAUGAAAGAGUCCAUUCACAAGGAAGAGUUCUACCAGACCGCUCAGUCUACUACAAAUACGUGAAUCCCAACCUAGUAGCAGUCGCCACUCUGAGCGAUGAUCCCCUACACAAGAACGUGCUCAGCAUCUACUUGAUAGAUGGCGUUACCGGACUGGUUUUGUACGCCACCUCACACAAAAGGGCCAAGGGCCCAGUCCACCUCGUCCACUCUGAAAACUGGCUGGUGUACUCCUAUUUCAACGAACGUUUCAGAAGGACCGAGGUCGUAUCGGCGGAGCUUUACGAAGGGCAUAUCUUGAGCAACUCCAGCGUCUUCAGUUCUCAUGCUGUGAGUUUGUUGCCUCACGUCCAAACGCAGAGUUACAUCUUGCCGGCUACGCCAUCCAAGCUGGCCGUGACUCUUACCGAGAAAGGGAUAACCAAUAAAUUCCUGUUGCUGGGGCUGACCAAUGGUGCUGUGGUGGAGUUACCUUGGUUGUUCUUCCAACCGAGGUUCAACGAUAUUCCCUGUGGGCCUGAGGAGAGUUGCAUGCCUUACAUGCCGGAAGUUCCUCUGCCUAGCGAGGCGGUUAUCAAUUAUAACCAGAGCAUCGGUCGGAUUAAGGGUAUUGAAGUGGCACCAGCGAGAUUGGAGAGUACCAGUCAUAUUUUGGUGCACGGUUUGGACAUAUUUUACACUAGAGUGGCACCUUCCAAGACGUUUGAUGUGCUGAAGGAGGACUUUGAUUAUAUGGUUAUUGUGUUGGUGUUGUCGGGACUGAUAUUGGCUUCUUAUGUCACCAAGUAUCUGGCAGGGAAAAAGACUGUAAAGCAAUUAUGGAAGUAAUAGAAGUAUUGGAAUU